ACCGAAGAGUUGAAUCGCUUGCGGGCCGAGAGCUCGGGCGCGCAGAACACGAUAAUUCAGUUGCGAAACGUCGCGCGAAAAUACAAACAACAGUUCGGCGAACAAAAGGCGGCCUUUGAUCAGCUGAAGAGCCAAUACGACAGCGCCGUGAAGUUGGCGGCCGACCAGCAGUUGGCGCGCAAUACGGCCGCAGCCACUGAGGCGCAGACCAAUGAGCUGACGGCGCGGUGCGAGGAGUUGACGACAAGAGUUAGGGAUUUGGAGCAAACGAACGCCAAAUUGACAACUGAUUUGAAACAAGUGACCGAAGAGAGGGAUGCGGCUAAGAGUCAGGCGCUGGACAGGGAGGACAAGGCCAAGAAGAUCGCCCUUCAAGCCAAACAGCGAUUGGCCGCCAUUUCCAACGAGAAGAGUGGUAUCGUUCGCGAGAGGGACGGGCUCUUGAAGAACACCGAAGAGUUGAAGGAAAGGAUCAAACAAUUAGAGCAGAGCGUCGAGGAAAACAAUCUGCGGUUGGCGUCCAUUAAGAGCCAAUUCGACGCUAUUCAGUUUGCUGUGCUUGCUCUCGACUGCCUUUGCGACGCUGUCUACCUCCUGAACUUCCGCUCAGUUGUGGUCUCGCGUCACUGGUCGCGAAGAGUACAGACCACGUCAUCCCAGGCCACCGCCAAUCCAGUCAGACAUCCAGUUCAUCCGCAAUCGGCGACCGUUCAGCCCCUGUCGGCCAAAUCGACGCCAACUGCGAGUAUACGGCCGUUGGCUGUGACGCCGACUCUUAGGACAGGGCGUAAUGUGACGGCGCGCGCGACAGCUGUGGCUACUGUCCAGCCAACCACCGAAGAUCAGAGUCAACACGUGUCUGUUCCGCAGGCGACGGUACAGCCCACCACUCAAGCCGUGCCCUCUCAGGCCGCGAGUCAAUCAGUGAGCUCUCAAUCGAUACCUUUUGUGACGUCCAGUGCCGUCGAGUCGGAUGUGAUUACAACUCAUACGGAAGACCCGAUUGAAGAGCAAAUAGAGCCACAGGUGGACGACUCGAGUGCAGCAGAAGUGCAACAAAUGGAAGAGCAGGCGAUUCCCGAACAGAUGACGGCCACAGUUGAAGACAACGCGUCUGUCGUGCCGUUUGCUUCACAAGAGGAACUGCAGCCGUCGUCUCAAUCGAGCGCUCCGUUUAGUCAACCAAUAGCUGAGUCUUCGGAGUCGACGGUCGCGCGAGUAUUGCGUGAAAAGAUUUUGCUGAAGAGGAAUAGGAAUGCGUGCGAAGAGAUGACCAGCGGUUCCGUGAGUCCCAAGAGGUUGAGAGCAGAACCAGAAGAAGAUGUUAUGAGACCAGAAGCCGUUGUGAUGACUGUGUCGAGCGAUGGACCGGAAGAUACUCCGAAAGAAGAGCCGAUUUUUGUCCCUCAGAGGGUUGUAGAGCCGCCGCCCGAAAGCGACGACGAAGUGAUUAUUCUCGAGAGCGACGAAUCCGAUGAAGAAGAGGAACAACAACAGAGAGAAGAUACGAAUGAAUACGAAGAGAAUGCCGACGACGAGGAAGAGGAUGACGAGGAGGAGGACGAAGAAGACGAAGAAUAUGAUGAGGAAGAAGAAGAGUACGAAGAGAACGUCGGAGAGAGGGAAGUGUAUCCCGAAGAGGAGGACUAUAAUGAAGAGGAGGAAGAAGAGGGAUCUGCUUAUGAAGAAGAGGCCAACGAUGAGCGCUCGGACGCCGGCAGCGAAGGCGCCGACAUUGAAGUGGUGGGUGUGUCCGAGUCGGACGAUAUGCCAGAGCCUCGCGAACAGAGCGAACCCAUCGAAGAGCCGCAGUCGUCGAUGACUAGCGAAGCGAUUGAGCCAACCGUCUCGGCAUCGAUGCCACCGAUGUCUGUGCCAUCUGUGGUGACGUCGAGUACGGAACCGAAUCCAUUCAUUCAGGUGCCGACGCCUAUCCAGAGGCCGUUUGGCGGCCAACAACAGCAACAGCCCGGCCGACAGUCUUUCUAUUUAAGUCACGCACAGCAACAGCAGCAGAGCUCGGCCUACGACGAGGGCGACGGUAUAGUGCCGUCCACUCCGACCCUAUUUGUUCCGCGAAGAGGCGACGGCUUCGCGGAUCCGCUCAACUCUCCGCGCGUACCACAGGGAAGGUUUGUCUUCAGUUCCAGCAUUCCUGAGGCGCAAACGCUGUCCGCGUUGGCCAAUGAGACCACUCUUGGUGUGGACGACACGCGGAUGGAUUUGUCUCAGUUUGACGAUAACAGCGGCCGCAGUGUCCCCAACACGCCGUUAGCCAACUCGCCGGCCGUUCCCGACAAUAACAGUCAGACUAUAGAUAUCGAUGCGGAAGAGCCUGCCUUCGAGAUGGACCCGACGGUCACCGAAACAAUACUACCCACAGAACUGGAGAACGAGUCCAGCGUUGAUGAUAGCAAUAGGAGUGCCACUAAUGCCGAAGACAUUGACGUCAUAAUCGAGUCCGAUGUGAGACAAGGCGUAGAAUCGACUCAAGAGUCGUCCCAAAGCGACGAGUCCUUGAAGAGAGAGACGGAGACGUCGGAAACGAUUGAAAGCGAGUCGACGCCCACGUCGUCCACAACAACGGCCACCACUGCGACCGCUCAGAGAGGAGUCCCCACAGCACGCAGGGGUCGAGGCUUUGGCGGUCCCUUAAGGGCUGGCCUCCAGAGGCGACCCAUUUUGCCGCCCACGCCCUCACCCACCACUCAGACACCGCCCACUGAUAUCUUGCAGUCGGUGGCGCCUACGCCAUCGCAACCCCAAUCAUCACUACCCCCACAACAACCGCCUCCACCACAGCAGCAACAGCCGGGACGCACCAUAAGGCUGGGCACCAGUAAGUUCUCGACGCGCGGCAACUUCAGGGGUCGGCCCACCCGUGGAGGGCCGGGAGGUCGCGGAGGGCGAGGCGGUUAUCACUACAACAACUGAAUGUUUGCAUCGUUUCGUACGAAAGGAAAGUUAUUUUUGU